AUGUGGAAGUUACUUAUCUUGGUGCCGUUUUGUUGUUGUGCACCGCGCAUCCCAUCACCAUGUGAGGACGAUUCGAAGAACUUCGGCACUUCAGCCGGCUACAGAGUCGCGUCAGAAAUGCUCACAAAGUCCAUAAACUUCUCGGUUGACCCCUGCAUGGAUUUUUUCGAGUUCACUUGCGGUAACUGGAUAGCAAACCAUCCGAUUCCUAGUCACAAGACCAGUUAUUCACAAUUUGGGAAUCUCUCUGACAAAGUGCAGGAGGAAAUGCGAGGAAUAUUCGAGUCGAAGGAAAUAUUUGGUUCAAAAUCAAUUAACGCCCUAAAAGCCAUGUACAACAGAUGUAUGGACAAGGAGGAGUUGAACGCCAUCGGGUCCAGGCGUCUUAUCGAAAGCAUUAGGGAUUAUGGUGUGUGGCCGAUGGUGGACGGGGAUCACAAAUGGCGCGUGGAGGAUUUCGAUUUGACUUCUCUUUUGAUUCACGUCGCAGAAAUGCGUGGUGUAGAUGUGUUCGUCAGCAACUACGUUACGCUUGACAAUAGGAACGUGUCGCGCCGGCUUAUUGAGUUUGACCAAGGCGAUCUCGGACUUGGAGACUCCACCCGCGAUUACUACUUGGAUAGGGAAAAGCAUGGUAAGAAGAUUUCCGCCUACAGGCAGCUUCUCAUCAGUAAGGUGGCACUUUUCCUUGAAGAGUCUAACCUACCUGAGAAUAAAACAAAAAUAGCUCAAGAUGUUGAUGAAAUCAUCGAUCUCGAGACAAAGUUCGCAAAAAUUCUUGUUCCUGAUGAAGACCGAAGAAACUAUAGCGAGCAAUAUAAUCUUCGUCGAUUGAACGACCUGCAAAAGCUGAUGCCCUUAGUGGACUGGACACGUUAUUUCCAUUCUGUCGCGCCCUACGUUGUUCACGACUAUCUCGCUUCAAAUCCGGAAAUCCUCAUUGUGGAAAUUGACUUCAUGAGAAGAGUUACAAAUCUCCUGCAGUCGACGGAUCCUCGGAUUAUAACCAAUUAUGUCUACAUGCGUUACUCAUCAAGUUGGGCCGGAGAGUUAGGAGAGCGUUACGAAGACAUUUCUCAGGAAUUUCAUCGAAUAAUGUAUGGAAAGAAGCGAAAAGCACCAAGGUGGAAAGAAUGCACUAGUAAUACCAUGCACAGAAUGCAAUACGCAACUGGAGCUAUGUAUGUAAGGAAAGUGUUCGACAAGGCAUCUAAAAACGUGACUUUGGAAAUGAUUGACGAUCUACAAGAUGUAUUUCGUGAGAUGGUUGCCGCUAAUGAUUGGAUGGACAGGCAGACGAAGGCUACUGCUUUGGACAAAGCAAAUCAAAUGCUACGUCAAAUCGCUUUUCCGGACUUCAUUCUCGAUGAUGGAAAACUAGACGAUCAUUAUAGUGGCUUUUCCGUAGAAGAGUCCGACUCGUACAGUCAUAUGGUGCAGAAACUUUCAAGAUGGAGCCUUGAAUACGGCUAUAAACGACUCAUUAAACCCGUUGACCGGAGCGAGUUCAAUUUUAACUCUGCGAUUGUUAACGCCUAUUACUCUUCAACGUCCAACUCCAUCAAAUUUCCGGCUGCCAUACUUCAAGCUCCCUUCUUCCACCACUCUUUCCCAAGAGCACUCAAUUAUGGUGGGAUAGGAGCAGUUAUAGGACAUGAAAUCACUCAUGGAUUUGAUGAUCAAGGGCGGCAAUUCGAUUCUGCUGGUAAUCUCCGAGAAUGGUGGGAUGCCGAUGUAAAGAAGAAGUUUGAAGAACGAGCUCAAUGCAUUAUCAACCAAUACGGGAAACUUGAAGUUCCUGGAACAGGUUUCAAGGUGAACGGGAAAUUAACCCAAGGAGAGAACAUUGCUGACAACGGAGGCGUAAAGCAAGCUUUCAGAGCUUAUAAAAACUACCUCCGGAAACAUGGCGAGGAGAAGCGUAUCAAGGGACUUGAGCAGUACAACAAUGAGCAAAUGUUUUUCUUAGGAUACGGCACGGUAUGGUGUGGUCACAUGACGAAUGAUGCCAUGAUAAACCUUCUGCUCACUGAUCCGCAUUCUCCACAACGUUAUCGAGUGAACCAAGUAUUAGCCAACCAGCCCGAAUUCGCUGCAGCUUUCCAAUGCGAUGUAGGCACCCCAAUGAAUCCUAUCGAACGCUGUGCCGUAUGGUAG